GCCGACGACGAGGUGAUAAAAUUAUGCCGUAGUCACGCCGCCUUGUUGUUAUUUAGUCGCGGAUUGACGGUCGACCGCCGUCACGGUUCGUCGGCCUUAUCGGCCGCUCGCUAAUCAGAUGUGAUAACGGGGCCACCGCGCGCGCGAGUCGGUGUCGACCUAAACGCCUCUUUCACUUUUCUUUCUCACUUCUGAACGAGGCCCCUGAGAGGAAAAAUGUCAGACGUGCGUGACCUCGCAGCCCUCAGCAGUAACCAGCAAGAGUUGGUGCGGCAGAGCGUGAGUGUCCGCGAGAACGCGUACUGCCCUUACAGCCACUUCAAAGUGGGCGCCGCCCUUGUGUGCGACGACGGCACCACCUUCACCGGCGUCAACGUCGAAAACUCGUCCUUCGGCGCCACCAUUUGCGCUGAGCGCUCAGCUCUGGUCGCAGCUGUAACUGCAGGUCAUCGCAAGUUCAAACGGAUUUGCAUAAGUGCGGAGGCGACAGGGCCGGGUUUCAUCUCGCCGUGUGGCAUCUGCCGCCAGUUCAUGAGCGAGUUCGGCGACUUUGACGUGCUGCUGGUGCGCCCCUCGGACAAGCGGGUGCUGUUCACCUCGGUGCACCGCCUGCUCCCCAUCAACCUCGACCCGCUGCAAGAGUUUCUCACCACCGGCAGUUAGAAUUAAUUAACUUAUAUCUGACUCGAGCACAAAACGCUAAUUUGUCUGUCGAUUUUGUUUUGACUGAAUUUGAUUAACACUUUUUUAGAGGCUAUGAAUGAUUAUUCUCGUCACGAGACUGAUCGUAUUAAGUUUUUGACUUGUAGCAGUUUUAGCUGAUAUGUCAUGUUGAUUAUUUGGUAGAGUGACUAACUGACUAUUAUUUUACUCAGUUAGACAAAGGUUUUUUUAGUGUGUUUUUUAGUAAAUCGAAUUUGGACCAAUAAAAAAAUUGAAUUUUAAGGAUCUUCA